AGAGAGAGAGAGAGAGAGAGAGAGAGAGAGAGAGAGAUGAGUGUGUACACUCUGAACCUGCGGGUGUUCUGGCCUCUGUUGACCUGUGUGUUGACAGGUCUGGUUUUCCACCACCACAUAACCCACUGGCUAAGCCCAGAAUCAGGCCCCGAUCCUGGGUACGAGGCUGGGACAGAGCCCUGCUCUGACCAGGGCCCUCCUGUCUUUUUCUCACUCAUCAAACUACUACUGGCCUGUGUCCUCUGCUACCUCUUCAUAAGGUACUGCUCCACCCACCCAGGGGGGCCCCAGAGGGUGCCUCUCGAGGCCGCUGACGGAGCUCUGAAAUCGGGUUGGUCUCGUCGAGAGGUCCUGGAGGACUACUACGAGCGCUGGGUGCGUCUGUCUCCUCACGUCCUGGGGCACAGCAAGGCCCACGUGGCCAAACUGGUCGGGGAGCUGGUCAGAGCUGGACGUGCCACUGGAGGUAUCCCAGAGUCCUCUCUGGCGUUCCGGGGAGACUUCCUGCAGGUGGGCAGUUCAUAUGAGGAGCACAAGGUGGGCGCUCCAGACUACUAUGAUAUCCUGGUACCUCUGAAGAUACCCCGAGACCUGAGACUGGAGCCACGAGUAUACAGGGGGGAGAGGAGGGGGGAGGAGAAGGAGAUACCCCGAGACCUGAGACUGGAGCCACAAGGGGAGGGCAAGGAGGAUGUGAGGGGGGAGGUUAAAGAGAAAGGGAGGAGGUCGGGGAAGGGGAACAUGAUGAGGGUAAGAAGCAAUAAAGUGAAGGAAGUCUUGAAGGACGACAGCAAGGUGGAGGAGCAGACAGAGGUCCAAGAAGAAGGGAAGGAAGUCUUGAAGGACGAGGUGAAGGAAGAGAUGAAAGGGGAAAGCUCAGAGGACAGUGGGUGGAGCGGCGUGCCGCGGUGCAGUCUAGAGACUCCUCGCCGUGGGGACUGGCUACGAAAACACCGCAACUUCACUGACACAUUUUUACGAAUGCACCCUUCUCGGGGGUCGCCCGAAAGGUCAUCAAGGUCAUUGUCAGGGGUCACGGCAGUGUCAGGAGGAGGAGGAGGAGGGGGCGGAGUCUAUCGCCUGACCCCGGACUCUGUCCUCCGUUGGUUUUACCCAGCGGUCCAGCGUUGCCUAGCAACCGUGCGCUACCCUUUCGAGCAACGCUGUACGCUGAGUCUGGCACUCGCCGACGACCGUGUGCAGCUCCGCCUCACACCGCGUUCCGACUACGUCUGCUGUCACAUCUCCAUGGCAAUACGGCUCCUCCCUGCCAUCCCCCUCGGAGACGGGGUCUACCUGGUUCCCAUGGAAACGACGGCCUCAGUGGCGAUGUCAAAUACAGACCAGCACCAGAACCAGCAGAGCGAUGAGAGGGACCUGUGGACUUUGUUCUUCCCCCGCCAGGAGCAGCGUCUGCUGGGCUGGCUCCGUGGCCGCUCACCACAGCCCUCCUGCCACCUCAAGGUGCUCCAGCUGACCAAGGCUCUGCGUGACCUGGGUGGCCAGGCGCUGGACAGCCACCGGGGGGCGCUCUGGAGGUCAGUCCUCUCCUCCUACACGCUGAAGACGGCCUGGCUGCGUCUGCUACUCAGCUCUCCUGCAGAGGCCUGGGAGGAUCGCCACCUGGUGGCCAGGAUGGAGGAGCUGGUCCGCAGCCUGAGGGAGAGCCUCCAGAACCGGGCUCUGGAUCACCUCUUCCUGGGGAGCGACAGCAGCUCCAUCUUACCUGACUCUGUGGCUCUACCUAAGUUGGUCAAGGAGGCGGUGGGAGCUCCAGUGGAGGGGGGUUCGACGGGGAACCUCUGGGCAGGUGUGGACCCGGCCUCGUUGGACCUAGUGUCUGGCCGGUUGGCGUAUGCCUGGAGCCAUCUCCACCGGCUGAUCAGGUUGGGCCGACCCCAGAGGAGUAGCUUGGGGCUGGGCAGGACAGGCAAUAUAAACUGCCAGCAUCUGCAACCUGGAGAAUAACACACUUAACGGAGGUUCACAGCUCGUAUCCUCCAACAACGAGUCAAACAGACAGAUACAUAGAGGUUCACAGCUCGUAUCCUCCAACAACGAGUCAAACAGACAGAUACAUAGAGGUUCACAGCUCGUAUCCUCCAACAACGAGUCAAACAGACAGAUACAUAGAGGUUCACAGCUCGUAUCCUCCAACAACGAGUCAAACAGACAGAUACAUAGAGGUUCACAGCUCGUAUCCUCCAACAACGAGUCAAACAGACAGAUACAUAGAGGUUCACAGCUCGUAUCCUCCAACAACGAGUACAUAGACAGACGGGAUGGAUGAUACACCAGGCUACUAGACAGACGGGAUGGAUGAUAUAUCAGGCUACUUGACAGACGGGAUGGAUGAUAUAUCAGGCUACUAGACAGACGGGAUGGAUGAUAUAUCAGGCUACUAGACAGACGGGAUGGAUGAUAUAUCAGGCUACUUGACAGACAGGAUGGAUGAUAGACCAGGCUACUAGACAGACGGGAUGAUUGAUACAUCAGGCUAUUAGACAGACGGGAUGGAUGAUAGACCAGGCUACUAGACAGACGGGAUGGAUGAUAGACCAGGCUACUUGCACAUCCAAUGGUUGUACAGGAGCUACUGGUCUAGAAUAAAACGAAAGCCUAUAACAGUGAUGGGACGUUCUCUGAGUCAUCCCUCUUAACCAGUCACGAAUGGAAAUCAUAGGGAAUGUGUGAAUUUUGUAAUUUAUGAAUUUUGUAAUUUAUGAAUUUGUAAUUUAUGAAUUUUGUAAUUUAUGAAUUUUGUAAUUUAUGAAUUUUGUAAUUUAUGAAUUUUGUCAUUUAUGAAUUUUGUCAUUUAUGAAUUUGUAAUGAAUACAUGUGUAAUUUUUCCCCAGGUACCUAAUGAAUGAGGUUUCAUUCAAAACCAGA